UUGCAAUUUCCAAGACACUGGAGAGUGUAACCUACAGCUAUCUAGUGUAACAGCUAGCUAGCGCCAGUCCUGCGUUUUGGGAUGGAUCUGUUGGAGCACCCCACGCCGAUGAAUGAUCAUGCUGCUUCUCCCCCUUCGGAGCCCAAAGCCAAGAACUGCGAUCUGUCCCCCGCUAUGAGAGCCAAGAUCGAACGGAACAGACAGCGGGCUGUGAUGCUGAGGCAAGCCUGCCUGGCCAACAGACCAUGGGCUGGAGAGGGGGGUGGAACCUCGGCCAAAGUCGCCAAGACAGUCGACUCUGGGGGAGGGUUCUUCAUUGAAGAAGAAGAGAAGCAAAGGACCAAGAAAGUGGUGCAUCAACCAGCCCCUGUGAUAAAGGCAGACUAUCUGGUGUGUGAUGACUGUGACAAGUCGUUUAUGGAUUCCUACCUUAGCAACGGCUUCGAUCUGGCAGUCUGUGACAACUGCAGAGACUACGAGGUUAAACACAAGCUGAUAUCCCGUACGGAGGCUAAGCAGCUCUACCUACUGAAGGACUGUGACCUGGACCAGAGGGAGCCAGUGCUGAGGUUUGUCCCGAGGAAGAACCCACACAACCCUCACUGGGGAGACAUCAAACUCUACCUCAGGCUGCAGGUGGAGAAGCGCUCCUUAGAGGUGUGGGGCUCUGAGGAGGCCCUGGAGGAGGCCAAGGAAGCAAGAGAGGAGAACAGGGAGGUGCAGAAGCAGAAGCGCUUCAACAAAAAGGUUAAAGAGCUGCGUUGUGCGGUGAGGAGAAGCACGUGGACCAAGGGAACCAGUGCUCACCAGCACGAGUACGGCCCUGAGGAACUAGUGGAUGAAGAGGAGGAUCUCUACAGGAAGGUCUGUAACACCUGUGGACACGAACUGACCUAUGAGAAGAUGUAGCCUCGUGUCCUUUAAACCUUAUCCCGGGGGACCACAGGGGAGUUAUUCUUUUGUGGACACCUGUACUUGACUCAUGCCUUGAAGCAAGGAGGCCUACCUGAAAUCAUGUCUCAGCACAUGCCAUACACAACGCAGACACACAUCAAUAUAUCUCUCUUACAACAGGUUGUGCUCAGAAGCUGAUGUUAGCUGUUAUACGAUAAAAUAUGAACUGUUAAGCAUAUUAACUUCCCUUUUCUAUAGACCAUUUGUAAAAUCACGUAAUAUGUCAAAGGAUUUGCAUGUCUGAAAUUACUUUUGAAAUUGUAAUGAAAAAUGAAUAUUUUUCCAUAAUGUGAUCACUUUUUUUGCAAUAACUUGAACAUUUAGUUGGAUUACUGUGGAUGGGUGAAGCCAGGAUUCAAUCUGGACCGCAGAGGAUCCGCAUUGUAGCGGUAAAUUAACUUGCCUCAUUAUUCUGAGGUUGGCGGUUCAAUCCCCAUUUAAUAUUUUUCACAAUUCUAAAUAUUUAAAGAGAACAUUUAAAUGUCAGAUACAUUUGAGGGUCAGAUAAGAUCUGUGUUCUGUUAAUCUGGGCCCAGUUUUUCAAAAGUUAUCUGAUCGGAUUUCAGCAAUCGGAUCGGAUUAAAUGCAUAGAAAUAGAAUGACCCGAUUGCUGAAAUCCGAUCACAUAGCUUUUGAAAAACUGGGCCCAGAUGAGUCAAAGCUCAACUGCUUAGCCUUCCCUGAGUAUUAAGAAACAAUGUGAUAUUGGGAAAAUGUGCAGGUGGCUCAGUGCUUAACUGAAUUGUCUUAGUACCCUGAGGUUGUGGGUUCUAAUCUAGAUGUACAGUAGGUGCUUUUGACUGUACUUUACAAUGUCAAAUACACCAACCUGGUCUCAGAGCAUUUCGUAUUAUUCUGUACGUAAAUCCGAGACACUCCAUUUAUAUUGAUAUGGUGUGUAUUAAUUUGUUGAUGUCCAUCUAUUUCGUAUAUGUUAAGCCCCGUGGUUCCAGAACAGUAACCAGCAGUGGUUAUGGAGGGAAACCUUUGGGAAAAACUACUUUUUAGAGAGGUUUCCCUCUAUAAAAUGCUGCUUUUUACAGGAGGGGGAACCUCAGGACUUGACCCCCAUUAGUGGUCACGGUCCACCAACCAUCAGCGAGUAUCAAUGCAACCACACUCACAGGCUCUGCCUGGGAUAGAACCUACAACCCCGCGCUUAUACUCAGAGUAUACUAAGAAAGCCUCCCGAGUGGUCUAAGGCACUGCAUUGCAGUGUUAGCUGUGCCACUAGAGAUC